CAAAUACAAAUCAAUUUCUAGAACCUUCUUCUUCUCUCUUCACCUUCAUCUUCCAUUUCCAUCUUUCACUAUACUGUAACAAAAUAUCAUCAAAUUUGAAUUUUUGUUUCGGUUUCUAUAGUUGAAUAUGAUGGAUUUUGAGGCUUCCGAUAAGCUGAAAAUUUGUGAUGGUGAUGGUAAUGAUGGGAACUUACAUGAUAAAUGGAUCGCAUUAUGUGCGGAAAAUACGUUGUCUUCGGAUGUGAAGGAACUUGUUUCUACUGAAGAUUUUGAAAUUGAGGAUGAUGAUGAUGAUGAUGAGGAUGAUGAUGAUGAUGAUGUUGCUUUGUUGCCAAGGUUUACUCCGGUUUCGAGUUUGGGAACAUGUAGUGAUAAAGUUGAGGGUUCUGUUAAGAAGAGGCUGUUUGAUGACAGUGAUUCCUUGCAUAUUUCUGUUAAGAAAUCAAAGGUGUCAUUGUAUGAUGAUUGUGACGAAUAUGAAGAUGAAGAUGGUGAUCUGUUGUCGGAUAGAGCUAGAAGGCUGGGAAAAUCAGUUGAUAGAUCAUUUUCCUCGUUGAAGAAUGAAAUUGAGUUUGUUGAAAAAGCAUUUGAGGAAUGUAAAAGGAAGAGGAGAGAAGAAGAGAAGAGAUUGGAGUCUGUAAAGAGAGAGAUUGAGGAGUGUAGCAGAGAGCUUGUAAAUAAGAAGACGCAAUUUAGUUGUGUUAGAAGAAUUAAUGAAGUUCACAGUAAACUGCUGGGAAAGAUUGAAGAAUGUGUUAAUGAUUUUCUACUGAAGGAAAUACAGAUUCAUUUGAUGGAGUGCGUGAUUGAAGAGCACAAGCACGAGCUCAAGACGAAAGAGACGGAACUUCAUCAAGCUAAGGAAAUCAUUUCAAAAGAGGUAGAACUUUGUCAAGUCAUUGAUGAGGACCGUGGACGGGAAAAAGAGGAACUCGAGGCUCUUUCCCAAAAAAUUGCUGAAUGUAUUGUGGAACGUGAGACCAAAGAGAAGGAACUUGAUGCAAUGAAAACAUCAAUUGACGAACAAGGGGAAGUAUUAGAAUCCGAAAGGAAAAAGUUACUGAAGGUAAUUUCAGUAAGGAAUAAUUGCCAAGUUCAAAUGAAGGAGUUUGAGUCAAUGAAGAAACGAUUUGAAGAUGAGGUUAAGGAGCUUGAGUCAACAGAGAAGCAAUGUAAAAGACGCUUGGAGGUGCUUCGGUCAAAGGAGGGGCACUUAGAAGUACGAGUAAAGGCAUUAGAAUCAAGAGAAAAGCAGCUUGAAGGAAAUGUGAAGCAGUUUGAAUCUAAGAUUGAGGAACUUGGAGAUCGUAUGAAGGAGCUUGAAUCAGAAAAGAAGCAUUUUGAAAACUGGGGAAAUGAACUUGCAUCAAAAGAGAAGCAAGUUGAAGAAAGAGCAAUGCAGCUAGAGUCAAAAGAGAUGCGAGUUGAAGAGUGGAUGAUAGAAGUUGUAUCUAAGGAAGAGAAAUUUGAAGGCCAAGUGAAGGAGUUGGUAUCAAAACAGAAGCAUUUUGAAAUCCGAACAGAGGAGCUUGACUCGAAAGAGAGGCAACUUGAAAGCCGGUUGAAGGAGCAGGAGUCAAAAGAGAGAGAGCUUGAAGGCCAAGUGAAGGAACUGGAAUCUAAAAAGGCGCACUUUGAAAAACAAGUCAAUGAGUUAGAGUCAAGAGAGAACCGAUUUGCAGGACAAAUGAAGGAGUUUGAAUCCAAAAAGAAGGAAUUUGAAGCCAACCUGAAUGAGUUGGUAAAGGAACUGGUAUCAAAACAGAAGCAUUACGAUAAUCGAACGAAGGGGCUUGAAUCUAAAGAGAAGCAACUUGAAGAUCGAGUAAAGGAACAUGAAUCAAAAGAGAAGGACUUUGAAGACCAGAUGAAGGAUUUGGAAACCAAAAAGAAGCAUUUUAAAAUCCAAGUGGAGGAGCUUAAAUCAAAAGAGACGCAAUUGAAAGGACAAGUUCAGGAUGAAUUUGAAGGACAGAUAAAGGACCCGGCAUCAGAAAAUAAGCAAUUUAAGAGCCGAGUGAAGGUGCUCGAAUGCAAAGAAAAGCAAGUCGAAAAACAAAUGAAGGCACUUCAAUUAAAAGAGGCGGAAUUUGAAAGGCAAGUCAAGGAAUUUCAAUCAAAGGAGAAACUUGAAGGACAAGUCAAUGAUCUGGAGUCAAAGCUAAAUAAAUUUGGUGGAAAACUUAAGGAGCCUGAGCUGACAAAGAAACAACAUGAACCGUUGAUAAAACAUUUUGAUAAGGGAAAAGAGCCAGCGGCAUCUUACAUGGAUGAUCAAUUAAGUCCUACUAUGGAUGGAACAAGCUUGCAGUUGGAUACAAAUGAGAAAACUGAUGGAGUUGAGUCACUUUGCAAUGACAUUUUAGUUUAUCUGCAAGAGUUAUCAGAUCCGUCAAGAACUGUUUUGAAUAUAUUACAGAACCCUAAAGUUCCACGGUGUAGAGAGGGAGAUAAUGAUGUGAUUAUUGAUGCUAGCUGCAUCUGUCUGCUAGAGCAACUGAUGAGAAUCUCACCAAAUAUCAAAGCUUGUGUUAGAGAAGAAGCAUUGAAGCUAGCGCUUGGUUUGAAAGCUAACAUGAAAGGAAAUACUGAAAAUUCGUUGGUGAUUCUCGGUUUUUUACUGAUUUUGUCCAUCUAUGGACUGCUUGCUUCUUUCAAUGAACAUGAGGUUUGGGAGCUCUUGUCAUUUGUUGCUCAUCACAAGAUAGCUAUGAAGCUGUUUGAGACUCUGGGUUUUGCAAAUAAAGUUUAUGAUUUUGUUGAAAAUCUUAUCAGGAGAAAGCAAGUCGUUGAAGCUGUUAGAUUCAGUUGUGCAUAUAACUUGGCUGGCAAGAGUCAAUUAGUUGAUAUGUUGCGGGAACACGUCCGGAAUGCAAAACUGAUUUGUGAGAGAAGUUGUGAGAAAACCAACUCCAUUGAAAUCAAGGAUAAGGCUAGAGGUCAAGAAAUUGCUAGUCUGGAAACUGUUCUACAAUGCAUUUCAGAUAACAGGAGCCUAGAAUCUGAAGAUCUACUUGACAAGAUUCAUAAUCGGAUUCUUGAGCUACAAGCACAUAAAAGAAAAUAUUGUAUAAAAUUGCUCAGAGGCUUAAAUUUGUUAUUUGUCAUGUCGGAACUUUUCGAUAAGCAAACUAGUUAUUUGUUGCUUACUCUCUGUCAUAUGUUUUCCAGUUUCUAUAACUUAACUAUGGAUUUUGAGGCUUCUGAUGUGAAGGAAACUGUUUUUGGUGACAAAUUUGAAUCUGAAGAUAAUGAUGAUGUUCCUUUGUCAACAAGGAUUCUGCAGAUUGCGAGUUUGGGAAAAUUUAGUAGUAAACGAGAUGUGUCUGGUAAAAGGCUAUUUGACAACAGCAAUUCAUUGCAUAUUAAAGCUAAGAAAUCAAAGGUGUCAACAUAUGAUGAUCACGAUAAAGAUGAUAUUCAUUUGUCGGAUAAAAUUGUGAGGCCGGUAAAAUCGACUGAUAAGUCGUUUUCUUUGCUGAGGAAAGAUCUUGUAAUGUUAGAAAAAAUAUUUGAGGAAGGUAAAAGGAAGAUGCGGGAAGAAGAGAAGAAAUUGCAGUCUAUAAAGAGAGAGAUUGAGGAGUGUAGCAGAGAGCUUGUAACUAAGAAGAAGCAUAAAGUUAGUUGUGUUAAAAAAAUUGAAGAAGCUUGCAGCAAAAUGCAGGGUAAAAUUGAAGAAUGUACCAAGGAGUUAGUAGUGAAGGGAGGACAGCUUUAUUUGCUAGAGGACUUAAUUGGAGAGCGCACGGAAGAGCUCAAGACGAAAGAGAUAGAACUCAUUAAAGUCAAGGGUAACAUUUCAAAAGUAAUAGAACUUCGUCGAGUCAAUAUUGGAAGAAUUGACAAGGAACGUGGAAGGAAGGAAGGGGAACUCGAGGCUCUUUCCCAAAAAAUUGCUGAAUGUAGUUUGGAACUUAAGGCAAAAGAGAAGGACCUUGAUGCAGUGAACAAAUUAAUUGUUGGACAAACAAAACAGUUUGAGUCUGAAAAGAAGAAGUUUCUACAGGGGAUGUUUCUAAUGAAGGAUGAUCGCGCUCAAAUGAAGGAAUUUGGGUCAAUGAAGAAGCAAUUUGGAUGUCAGGUUAAGGAACUUGAGUCCAAAGAGAAGCAGUAUGAAGGACGGAUGGAGGAGCUUAAGUCACAGGAGAAGCGCAUUGAAGGAAGAGUUGAGGAUUUGGAAUCAAGAGAAAAGCAGCUUCAAGGACAUAUGAAGGAGUUUGAAUCAAAACAGAAGCAAUUUGAAGAACGGGCAAUGGAGCUAGAAACAAAAGAGAUGCAACAGGAAGGCCGGGAGAAGGAGUUUGAAUCGAAAAAGGAGAAAUUAAAAGGCCAAGAGAGGGAGCUGGAAUUUAAAAAGGAGCACUUUGAAAGCCAAAUGAAGGUGUUAGAGUCGAUAGAUAACCGACUUGUAGGCCGAGUGAGGGAGUUUGAGUCAAAGGAAAGGGAGUUUGAAUGUAAAAUGAAAGAGUUGAUAUCGAAACAGAAGCAUUUGGAAAGCCGAUUAGAGGAGCUUAAGUCAAAUGAAAAGAAGCUUGAAGACCGAGUGAAGGAGCAUGGCUCAAAAGAAAGAGAGUUUGAAGUCCGUGUGAAGGAGAUGGAAUCUAAAAAGAACCACUUUGAAACACAGGUGAAGGAAUUUGAAUCAAAAGAAAGGGAGUUUGAAGGAAAUCUGAAUGAGAUGCUAUCUAAACUGAAGCAUUGUGAAAGCCGGAUGACAGAGCUUGAUUGCAAAGCGAGGCAGCAUGAAGGCCGAACGAAGGAACAUGAAUCAAAAGUGAGAGAAUUUGAUGGCCAUGUGAAGGAAUUUGAUGUCCGGUUGAAGGAGUUUAAAUCACAAGAGGAUGAAUUUGAAGGCCGGGUGAAGAAGUUUGAAUCAAAAGAGGAUGAAUUGGAAGGCCAGAUUAAGGAGUUGGAAUCAGAAAAGAAGCGUUUCAUGAGUCAAGCGAUGGAGCUCGAAUCAAAAGAAAAUCAAUUUGACACAAAAAUGAAAGAGUUUCAAUCAAAAGAGGAGGAACUUGAAGGUCGAGUGAAGGACAUUAAAUCAAAAGAGGAGGAACUUGAAGGCCGGAUGAAUGAGUUGGAAUCGGAAAAGAUGUGUUUCUUGAGUCAAGCGAUGGAGCUCGAAUCAAAAGAAAAUCAGUUUGACAGAAAAUUGAAAGAGUUUCAAUCAAAAGAGGAGGAAUUUGAAGGUCGAGUGAAGGGCGUUAAAUCAAAAGAGGGGGAACUUGAAGGCCAAGUGAAGGACAUUAAAUUAAAGGAGGAGGAACUCGAAGGUCGAGUUAAGGAGCUCAAAACAGAAAAGAAGCAUUUUGAAAUGCUAGUUAAAAACUUCAAAUCAAAAGAGAAGAAAUAUGAAAGAUUGUGGAACGAACUUGAAUUAAAAGAAAAUAAGUUCAAAGUAAAGGUGAAGGCAAAGCUGAAUAAAAUAGAUAGUCAACCAAAGGAGCCUGAGUUGUCAGAGAAACAAAAUGGAGUUUUAACAAAACAUACUGUUGAAGAAAAAUACUCGGCUACAUCGGAUCAAUUAAGUGCUCCUAUGGAUGGAAGAGGAUUGCAGUUGGACACAAAUAAGAAAACUGAUGGGGUUGAGUCACUUUGCUGUGGUGUUUUAGUAAAUCUGCUAGAAUCAUCAGAUCCAGCAAAAUUUGUUUUGGAUAUAAUACUGAACCCCACUAUUCCACUUUGUGAUAAGAAAGGAGACCAUGCUGUGAUUAUUAAUGAUAGCCACAUCAAUCUGCUAGAACAACUGAUGACAAUCUCACCAUAUAUCAAACCUAGUGUACGAAAAGAAGCAUUGAAGCUAGCACUCGAUUUGAAAGCUAACAUGAAGGAAAAUACUGAAAAUUAUUUGGCGGUUCUUGGUUUUCUUCUCCUUUUGUCAAAUUAUAGAUUGGUUACUUCUUUUAUUGAAGAUGAAAUUUUGGAGCAUUUUGCAUUUGUUGCUCAUUACAAGAAGGCUGCAAAGCUGUUUAGGAACCUUGGCUUUGUGAAUAAAGUUUCUGAUUUUGUUGAGAAUCUUAUCAAGAGAAAGCAAUUUGUUGGAGCUGUUAGAUUCAGUUGUGAAUAUAACUUGGCUGACAAGAAUCGACAAAUUGAUCUCUUGCAAGAACACGUCCGGAAUGCCAAACAGAUAUGUGAGACCAGUUGCAACAACAGCGACUCCAUUGAAAUCAAGGAUAAGGCGAGAGAUCGAGAAAUCGCUAGUCUGGAAACUGUUCUACAGUGCAUUUCAGAUCAAGGCCUAGAACCUAAGGUUCUGUUUAACAAGGAGAUUAAAUAUCGCAUUCUUGAGCUAAAAGGAUAUAAAGGCAGUUAGUUUUCUACUGGAACAACUUAAUACAAGAAUGUAGUAAUAGAGUUUGUUGGGAGGGAUAGAUGCUAUUCAUGCUAAAUAUAAAAGCUUAAUUAUAUCAUAUUUGUAAAGCUGUAAAUCUUUAUACGCUAAAAGAUCUUUGUAAUGAAAGUCUGUUUCUUUUAUUCGAUUUAUUAGCAUAUAUUUGAGUCGAAUAUGAGAACACAUUCACUCU